CUGCGCGGGGAGCGGGCCCGCGGCCCCGCGGCCCCUCAGCUGCGCUCGACAUGGCGCUGAGGCGGCGGCCCGCGCUCGCCGUGCUGCUGCUCCUGAGGGGCUGCUUGAUAGGGGCUGUGAAUCUCAAAUCCAGUAACCGAAACCCAGUGGUACAGGAAUUUGAAAGUGUGGAACUAUCUUGUAUCAUUACGGAUUCACAGACAAAUGACCCCAGGAUUGAAUGGAAGAAAAUCCAAGAUGAACAAACCACAUAUGUGUUUUUUGACAACAAAAUUCAGGGAGACCUGGCCGGCCGUGCAGAACUGCUAGGGAAAACUUCUCUGAAGAUCUGGAACGUGACCCGGACAGACUCAGCCCUUUACCGCUGUGAGGUGGUUGCUCGGAAUGACCGCAAGGAGAUUGAUGAGAUUGUCAUCGAGUUAACUGUGCAAGUGAAGCCAGUGCCCCCGGUAUGCAGGGUACCACGGGCUGUGCCUGUAGGCAAGGUGGCCACACUGACCUGCCAGGAGGGUGAGGGCUACCCCCGGCCACACUACAGCUGGUACCGCAACGAUGUGCCGCUGCCCACGGAUUCCAGGGCCAACCCCCGGUUCCGAAACUCCUCUUUCCUCUUCAACCCUGAAACGGGCACUCUGGUGUUCAGUGCCAUCCACAAGGAGGACUCAGGCCAGUACUACUGCAUCGCGUCCAACGAUGCGGGCUCGGCCCGCUGCGAGGAGCAGGACAUGGAAGUGUAUGACCUCAACGUCGGUGGGAUUAUUGGGGGGGUCCUGGUUGUCCUGACGGUACUGGCCCUGAUCACAGCAGGCAUCUGCUGUGCCUACAGACGUGGCUACUUCAUCAACAAUAAGCAGAAUGGGGAAAGCUACAAGAACCCAGGGAAACCAGAUGGAGUUAACUACAUCAGAACGGAUGAGGAGGGCGACUUCAGACACAAGUCCUCGUUCGUGAUCUAGAUGGCAGCGCAGCUGCGCGCACACGCGGAUACCUCCACGGGGGACCCUGCCAGGAGCAGCCCCAUGAGGGGCGCCGGAUGGGGUUGGACAUGCGCGCAAAAGCUUUUUGUUUUGGCCAAAGUUGACUGCUACUCCUUUCUUACUUUUUAACAAGCCACAUGAAUAAAAGAGUUUCCUUGAGAUGGGCACAGUCACAAGGCCAAGCAGUGACCAGGUUCACAAGGCCAACCCCAUCGGGGUCUGGGGGGCCUUGGGGUGGGCGCCGUGGGCCUGGGAGGCAUGGUGAUCUGCCCCAUGGCAGGCAGCACCAGCACCAGCAUCCAAGGGCUGGCAGAGGGGGUCUCACAGCCUGAGCCUUAGCUGCAGUGACCUGGCUUCACUUCAGAAGCCCCGAGGGUGCUUCGUCCUAAGGCUUUGCUGUCACUGUCCUAGUGUCCAUCUCGGGGAAUCUUUUUGGGUCAGCAUUUAUAACAGCCCAAAUCAGGAAGGUAAAUUGCUUGUUAGAAGGAGGGAUCUUCUUACCUGAAGGAACCCUGCUCAUCCACCGAGGGUCUCAGUAUUGAAGGAAAACCUUCAUCUUACGCUAAAUCUGAAAUGGUACUGAUAUAAUGUUCUGCUUUUCUAUGGGUGUUUAUUUUAUAAAAUUUUAACUCUAAAUUUUUGCUAAAGAUGUAUUUUGAUUAUUGAAAAUUUCUAUUUAAACUGUAAAUAAGUUGUCAUACAAUGUUAAAUAACCUUUUUUUUUUUUAAAGUUCAACUUAAGGCAGGAGCUCCUAGUUCAAUUGGAAACACCAUUGAUUUGCUUAGGAAACCUUUAAGAAAAUUCCAGCUGAGUACUGAGGUCUGUUUGCAUUUCUCCAGAAGAGAUUCAAGGGGCUCCUGGGUUAGCAGUGAGCUGCCUCUUCCUUAGGCUUAUCGGACCAGCUCUGCCCCAGACCCGUGGACACAGGUGUGCAGACUGUGCUGCUCCGGGGUCGGGCUGCACAGCUGCUCCGAGUGGUGUUGGCUCCUGACUCCCCAACACUGGCCAUGUGCAGAUCACCCAUACCUAACAGUGCCAUUCACAUACCACAUGGGUCAACCCAGGACAGGGCAGGGUCCUCGGUGUAGCACACAGCCUGGCUUCUCUAGCACAGAGCUCUGUGGCUGCAGAUGGCUCAGGAUACAAAGCAGCCCUGCUGUCUGGCUUUUAAAUUCACUUUACUUAUUUGCGUAGUUCAUACAAUGGUCCAGGGCCAGAGGCAGUUUUGAAAUCAAAUCCGUCAACUACAUUUAUAUUUUUUUAAAGACAAUGAACCCCACUCUCCCUCUCUGCCAUGCAGACAGCACAGGUUCUGUCUUGCCUCACAGGAAGUUGUUCUGCGGGGCCACUAGGCCAUCCUCUGAAGAUCGGCAGGAAGGGCAGCCGGGCGACGGCCCGACUGGUGGUGGGCAAAGUGUGUGCCUGAGUCAAAGGCAGUUUCCUGAUUGUGUCUGACGCUGCCCGCUUUGGGGGGUGUCAGGAGCAUCAUCCAAAGGCCUUUGUUCCUUGUGAGCAGGUGUUCUUAGCCUCAGACUCGCUGCUGUGUUAACUUAACAUGAAACUCUUUGGAGCAAGGAGCUUCUCAGAAGGACGCCUCCGACUCCACUGUGUUACAGGAUGGUUUUUAUGUAGAACAUAGUCAUCUUGGGAUUAAACUUUUGGUGUCUUAAUUUUUUUAUACUUUGAGGUUUUUAAAAUGAAAUACUUGAGACUUAUGUUGACCUUUUCUGAGUUGUGUGAACACGUUGCCAUGGAGUAUUCACAGCAGCAGAGGGCAGCCCCUCGUCAUGCUGGGGUACCUGUCUUCUGUUUGUAUCUUGAGAGCAUAGACCUAAGGCUCUGCCUUCAUCCUCAGCUCCUCUUGGUGAAGAGGGGUAGUGCCCUUCUGUCUGUGGGGGCAGCUCCAGCCCCCAUCUUGAUUGUCAUAGUGAUGGAGUAGCUUUCUUGUGCCCUAAAACCUCCACCCUGGUGCCAUGUGACCUGGCUCUGACAGAGGAGAGAAAAGUGUGUGGGGUCGGGGAGGUCGCUGCCCCUCACUGUAAAAACACAGACAGAAAAGGAGCAUUGAGUGCUUUUAAGAUGUAAACGUCGCUGGAGACUAAGGCCACACUGGCUGCUGCAGCCUUUGUGUGGCUGCACGUGUACACAGUGCCACAGACUUGUGCUACUAACAUACCUGUAAGUUGGUGUUUCUUAAACCUCAUUUAUAAAAGCUUCUUAAAAAAAAAAAAAAAAAAAAAAAAAAAGGCAGCUUGGCCUCUUCAUUUCUCUCCUCCCUGUAUUGUGUCAGGCACGGCCCCAGGUUUGAAGCACUGGAUGGAGGUGAGGUUUUUCACUCAGGGGCAGCCCUGUGACUCCGUGCACGCGUAUCAGUUCACACAUAGGAGCUGGGGGCGUCACAAUGACAUCUCCCUUCUUGUCUAACCACCACGUCACCACAUGCAAACAGCAACCCUGUGCUUUUGCUUCUGUAGAACUGGGCUGAAAACGUGAACCAACCAAAUUUCUUUCUGGUCAUUCUUGGACAAAACAUGCACAUGCAAGUGUUUUAAGGUUACCUGAUGGUGACAACAGAGGAACUUAAGGCCACUCCCCCGCGGGAACAGCGCUUAGUAGACUAGCUGCACAUCAGUGCUCCUGCUGCUCCGGGUAAGAAACACAGAGUUUUCUUAAGCAGGUACUGUAGCCUAUACCAAGAUGUCUGCUGUGAGGAGGCAAAGGACCUGAACUUUAAAGACAGAUUGAGUCCUUUUUCCCUAACGGGGAAGAUUUGGUUAAUUCUUCUUAGACACGUUAUGUCAGUUAAGUGACUCCCGAUAAAAGCCCUGUGCUAAAAAUACUCAAAGGCUGUACUCAUGCUUAACCUUUGUUCACUUGAAAGAGCUUUAAGAAGUCUGAAAUUUAUAAAUAAGAAUAGAAAAAAAAUAUUACAAUCAAGAUUUUGACAUCAGGUACGGGAAACUAUGUACUCAGUAUAAGGAAC